AUGUGUUCUUCAAGCAAAAUACAUAUUAAGGCGAAAUUCAACUACGAUCGGAAUAGAAUUACUCAAAGUUAUUACAGAGGUGCGGAUGCAGCAAUAAUUGUCUAUGAUGUCACAUGUUUGGAAUCUUUUAAUCAUGUAAGAAGUUGGCUCAAAGAUUUAUAUAAUUAUUCAGACGCCGAUAUUAAAAAGGUGCUUGUGGGGAACAAGGUAGAUCAAAAAGAUGCAAGAAGAGUGUCCUAUGAUGAAGGAAAGAAAUUGGCAGAUGAUUAUGGAAUUUUGUUUUUUGAAACUAGCGCGUUCGAUGGACAAAAUGUUGAAGAGGCAUUCAUUGCAGCAGUCAAGGAAAAGAAGGAACCUCGAAAACCAUCAUUUACACCCUCACAAGUGGAAGAAAUUCUUCUCACCGAGCACGGUCUUGGUGAUGAUAGCAGCGACGAAGGUGGAAAGAAGGCAAAAUCUUCAUCUUCAUGCAAAUGCUGA